UGUUGCAAAUAGACUUCAGUUCCCAGCAGCCUCCAAGGCAGCGUACCCGUGACGUCACACUAAGUAUAUAACGCUAUCGUGUAGCGUUUCAUCCUCUAUUGUUAGGUUGUAAGGAGCUGGAGUAACGUGCCUGGUUCCUGGUGUUUGGCAAACAUAUUUAUAAAAGAUCUAUUGUUCUAAAACGUCACCGGCUUAAUAUAUCAAUGUUUGAUUUUUAAUUGGGGAUUUCGGUGUUAAAAACGCCUAUUAAAGAAAGAGAAUGGACUCGAACUGGCCUACUCUCGGUUUGGUUUAUUUUAACCCCGCUAGCUGUUUGCUGAAUUCAGAUUCUUCAUCGUGUGAAGGCUGCGCGUUCUCGUGAACUAUUAGCUUUCUGGUGUAUCUGACGGAGAUUAUAACCUGACGCUGUGUUUCCGUUUGUAAAGAACUCCACCUAUUGCCUGCACCAUUUAAGUCAUAUCCGCGUUAUGGCUGUGUCACAAACUCCGUGAAAUGCAGCCUGAACAACCCACAGUCCUGCAUUAUAAUCGCUCUGUUACAGUCUAAUGUGUCCUAAUGCUGUUGUGUAGAGAAGUCGGCUUUAGCAAACCGCUGUUUCUGAUGAGACCCCUCUCCCUGGGCUGAAGUCGCCUUUGUCCCGCUAACCUUGUGGAGCACCGGGGAAUUUCACUAACAAUAAUCCGAACGGAGGAAACGACGCCGACCCGAACGAGCAGCGGGUUCUCUGACUCAAAGGCUGUUUCUGUUUGUAUAUAAGAACAUCAGGUCUCCAUGGAGACGGUAUCAGCUCUUGGCCUGAAGCGCAGAUUUGAGGAGGUGGACAGCGGUUCACCAUGCUCGACAUUUAAAGAAUCUGAUGAUGACGUCUUGAGCAGUGACAGCGUGGAUAGCUGUGAUAGUCUCAAUGCUCCCUGCAGCUCCCUCACACCCACCUCCAUUCUUAGGAGGCAAAAAUCCUCUCUGGGCCAUAAGCGGGUGCGUUUUGACGCAGUGACAGUUUACUAUUUCUCCAGAAGGCAAGGCUUCACCAGUGUCCCUAGUCAAGGUGGCAGCUCACUGGGCAUGGCACGGCAUCAUUGUGCAAUACGUCAGUACACAUUGGGGGAGUUCGCUCGAGAGCAGGAAAGCGGCCAUCGCCACGUCCUACGCCAACACCUGCGUCAAGAGAAGCUGAAUGCUCGCAAAAUGAAGUUGACUCGGAAUGGCACAGUGCAUUGUGCCCAGGCUGAACUUCUAACACUGGAUGAUGUGUCUGAUGAGGAUCUGGAUGUGGAGGGUGUCGAAGUGGAUGACUGUUUCUUCCUGCAGCCACUGCCUACUAAGCGGCGACGGGCACUGUUACGUGCCUCGGGUAUUGCCCGUAUUGAUGCCCGAGAGAAGAUGGAGCUGCGUGCCAUCCGGCUGUCACGUGAAGAAUGUGGCUGUGACUGUCGUUUUUACUGUGACCCUCACCAGUGUGGCUGUAGCAGAGCAGGCAUCAAGUGCCAGGUGGAUCGCAUGUCAUUCCCAUGUGGCUGUUCUCGAGAUGGCUGCCAUAAUGCAGCAGGACGGAUUGAGUUCAACCCUAUCCGUGUUCGCACUCACUUUUUGCACACAAUUAUGAAGCUAGAUCGGGAGAAGAGGCACCUACUAGGCUCCAAACCCGGAGAAGAAUGUGGGAAGGAAACCGAGCUGAACCCCGGUCCUUCAUGUGCCCGCUCGGCAUUAGAGGUGAAAACGGAGCCCUCAAGUGAGCAGGAGCUCCUAGAGGAGCACUGUCAUAGCCUGGAGCAUGAGAAUGAGACAGCCGUGCUCCACCUACAGAGUGCAGAAGAGCAGGAAAGGCGAAGGGAACAGGAGGAGGAGGCACUCAGAGAGGAGGUGCAGACUUCUAGUCCAAAACUGUGUCUUCUGCACGAGGAGCUGAGCAGCCAGGAGGAGGUUGAGAGUAUGGUUGAGGUAGACCAAAUGUUCUUUCAGGACACAUUUCCAGGAGGGGCAACCCUGCUAUGCAUCAAGGAGAACCAGGAGGAUGCUCACAGUCUCAAUACGCCAGGUUCUGUCCUUUAUUAUCAGAUAGACCAUGUGGAGGCCGAAACAUUUAAGACACAUGACAAGCAAGAAGAGGAGCCCAGAAAAGGUGAAAAGCUCCAGGCAGGACAAGUAGAAGGAGAUGCCAGGAGCUACUGUCACAAAUCCCAAACCUGCAGGCAGGAUUAUGCUGAGAGCUCUACUUCUGAGCAACCUUUAUGUCCAGAGAUAAUUAAAGAGGCUGAAGAGGGUAACCCCACCUCAGAACAUGGGGCGAAUGGCACAGAUUUUCAAUAUACUUGCCCACUGGGGGAGGAAGAGGCAAUAAAACUUCCUCCAGAGGUUUAAAGCCUUGCAAUGCUGCAGAUAUUUUGCACAAGAUUUGUAGUAAAGAUCAAGAUAACCAACUGAGAGAGAUGUUAAGUUACUGACAUUGGUUUGUAUUUAGAAAUAAGCAUGCACUAUAUUUGAUGUAGGAUUUUCAAAAUUUUAUUGAAAAAAAAAUAGAAUAAUAAAUUAUUCAUAAAUAAUCUAACAUUAAAAUAAAAACAUAAAGCAGAGAGGGAAGACUCGAUAACCUUGGAUUUCAGAGUUUUUCUGUUGCGGUAUCAAUUCACUAUUUGGUACUGGUGGAAAUUGUGGCCUUUAUGUCUAGGAGGAAAUAGAAUGGUCCUUGCAGCUUUGCUGAUGCCUUGAUUUUUCAGUGAAUUAACCCACUGGUCCAUUCAGACUAUUAAUUAUAACGCAGUAGCUUGAAAUGCUCCAUGGGUGUUGGUAGGAUUUCAGUAGUGAAGCUGAACAGUGGCUGCUGAUAGCAUUGAUCUUUAUAAACAGACUCUGGAAAUACAUUUUUGAUGUACUGUACUAGUUGUUAAGAGCAAGUAAUGGGGGUGGGGGAGGACAUGAAGAAUCAUGCACAUUUUAAGUGUUUUUUAGCAACCCGUUUAAAAAAUGUGCAAUUAUUUUGCACAAGCAUUGCAUUAGAUUGUAAAAGGUUUUUGAACACCUGACAAUCACACCAAUAUGUGGGUCUUCAAAAACAAAAUUGAAUAUCAAUAUUGCUACACAAUUCUCUAUAACCAAGCCAAGUCCAUGAAAGGCUGGAGGGGAAGAACUCGAGUGGCCUGCACAAAGCCCUGACCACAAUCCGACUGAAAUACAUUUAGUAUGAAUAGCUAUAAUAAAUGCACCCUAGGCCUCGUUGCCUGGCAUGAAUGCCUUAAAACUGAAUGGAAGAAAUUCACACAGCCAUGCUUCAAAAUCAAUAAGAAAGCCUUCCCGGAAGAGUGGAGAGUACUAUAAUAGCAAAGGGAGACUAAAUUUGGAAAGGAAUGUUUUAAAAGCCUACAGGGGUACGAUGGUCAGGUGCCCACAAACCUUUGGGAAUAUAGUGUAUUUAUGGGAUGGAUGCCUUUAAUGGAACUAAUCACAGAUCUUAGAGCAAAGGUAUGAACUGGUGCCAAAUGAGCAAAGGUUCUGAAAUUGAUUAAAUAUUACUACUGUACUAAAAACAAAUUAAGGAAGGAAGAAUCUGCAAUACCACCAUUUUCCACAUAUAACUAAAACAGUGAUUUAUAGCUUAGUAUCUUUUAGGUUUAGGUUGUAAUGCAAGGUCUUUCCCAACAAGGGUGCUGCCUCUUUUAAGUAGCUAAUGCUCUCACUUUCAGUAAUUACUGUAUCCUCAUUAGGAGCCCAUUGAGCAAUGCUAGGCUUGAAGUGGAAAUUUCACCCCUUUGUAGCACAUCGCAAUGAACUAGCUGCUUGCGCACAUUCACAUCUUGGGGGAAUUUUUCACCUUUAUGCACGUUUUCGAUAAUGGUGCAAAUCUUUCAGAUUUAAAUCAUAGUAAAUAUUUAUAAAUAAAGGCUGUGAAUUCACAGCUUGGCUAUUAUAAAUAUAUAUCACUCAAUAUACUUUUUUUUACCAAACUGUGUCAUAGAAAGUAAGCCUAUGUUCACAUUUGCGUUGACUGCGUUAAUGAAUUGACUCCAAUACGAAUUUUGGCCUGUAGGGCAUUUGGGGCACAAGCACCGGCAACGUGGGGAUUUCAUAGCACUGCCAGCAAAAGUCCCUACAGCUACAACUUGCCAUCCUCCAAACAUGCUAUUUCAGAGGGCAGAUGCAUCCAUAUCAGAGUCCAAUAGAAGUGACUUCUAUUAUAAAUUUGAACCAUCAUGAUUAUGUAAAUCUGACCCGACCAAAAAAUUGGAAUUGAACAAUCUGGCUUGUAAUGUGUACGUAGCCUAAUUGCCUUUGACAUCACUUCACAUUAACUCUAAGCUCUGUGAGGGUUAGUUUCAAGCAUAGUGAUUUAGCAUAAAAUAAUCCUACUUUCUGAAGUCAUCGUGCCAGUGCAAACACUGAUUUCAGUCAUUGGUCAUCAUAAGCCUAUUCUGCAGAAAUGUAAAAUAAUUGUCUGUGUGAAAACUUGGAACAACAGCUGGGAAACAGCAAUGGAUCCAUAGCACAGCAUUGAAUUUUGUUAUUUUUGGUUAAGUGAGCGAAAUGUACUGUAGGUGUUUAAGCAGAGAAGGGUAAAAAUAAAAACUCAUCAAAAAAUAUAUUUCUUAUGCCUUUUCAGGUUGUUGCCACUUCAUGACUUUGGCAGAAAAAAAAUUUAAUUUCAGCUAAAUUUUAUUUGUAUUGUGCUUUUAAAAAUAGAUAAUGGUCAAGCAAGAUUUUAUACAGUAUCAAUUAUUUUUUGCCCUUAUUACAGAAAACAUACCAUAGCUUGUAAUAUAAAUACUGGUGCAUUUCACAUUAGAUUAAGGUGUUAAAUUAUAAAUGCAUUUUAAAAAAUGUCUGUAUACACUAUACAGAGAAGGAGAAUGUGUGAUACACCAGUGUGUGUGUGUGUGUGUGUGUGUGCGUUGUUGUUGUUUUUUUUUUCAUAUAUUUGUAUGAAUGUGUAUUCAACCUUAUGUUUGUAUGAUGGAUCAUGUUUAAAAAGGUGCUCUUGUGUUAGGUUUACAUAUUCGUACAAAUGCUGUGUAAAGAACACAUUUCCUGGUCACAAGCAGAUCCUAAUCGAAUAAUCUGAAUACUACACUACACUUUAGUCAGCACUGCAAAACUUUUUGUAAGCAGAAGGAUUAAUCGUACAGAUUGCUUUGUGUAUUUAUUCUCCUUUAAUUAUCCAUAGAGCUAUGCAUGGAUAAUAGUGAGUCUUUAUUUCAAUUUACCACUCGGUACUUCCUGUUGAGUAACUUGACUGAAGAUCAUCACCUUUGGGAUCAUAUAGAACUGUUGCUUCAUCUCACAGCAGCUUCUCAACACUGUAAUGAGCCAAGCAUUACAUUUUAGGCAAGAACUGCAAUAAUAACCAUUUUGCAAAUGACUAAUCAUAAAAGAAAGUAUAUUUGCUUUGUACUGUCACAAUGUAACUGAAAACGAAACUGAAAUGGUGUUUUAUUUUUUUGUUGUUGUUUUGUCCUUUUACUGUGUAUCCUGUCUUGUAUCUGUGACUGAUUCAAUGUUCAAUGAGUCCUUGUGUGUACAAUCAUGUUGAAGUGUCACACACCUAUGCGAUUCCUCUUGUAGCAGAAUUAUAAGCCUCAAAUUGAUGAAUUACACUGAAGAUUGUGGGGUGAUGAACUGCUACAGACCAAAACACAGUGCACUGGGGGAUGGGAAGAAGUGGGCAGUGAGGGGGACUCGUGGGGUCAGUCUGGUAUGUGUGUGUUUUUGUUUGAUAUGUUUCUUGAUGUAAAAUGAACUACACCAGUGGUCUCAAACAUGGCCUGGAGGGGAAACACUAUUUGUGUGAAGAUGUGAAAAGAUUUCCCUUUAUGUUGCCGUUGUUAUUCCUGCCUUCCUCUUUUAGGCUUGCUUUGUUCUGGGACCACUGCAUUAAAUGUAAUCCAGUGUGCGUGUGUACGUAUGAGUGCACGUGAGCAUGUGUGUCUGCGACGCGUUCUAAAGAUGCUCGAUAAACGAAACUGAAUGAGGUCAGACUUAAUAGCUGCAAGACUAAUGCUUAUUGUUGCUUAAGGAACAGGACAAUAUCCAUUUUAUAUGAAAAUGUGAAAAAAUAAAGUGAAAUGAA